AUGAAAUACAAGCGAUUUUCGACCAUCAUUUCUUUCUUAACGUCAAUGCAUUCAUACUUAAUCAUUGCCAAAAUAGAAGCGUAUUUCUUUCUUUUUUCCUUCUUUCUUUCUUAUCGUCAUUAUUUCCUCUCAUUCCUAUUUCCUUCCUUCUUAUUGCAAUUUCUUUUUUCUUUCUUUCUUUCUUUCUUUCUUAAUACAAAGCAUCUAUCUAUCUAUCUAUCUAUCUAUCUAUCUAUCUAUCUAUCUAUCUGUGGUAAUUAUCUAUCCUAUCCUAUCUAUCUAUCUAUCUAUCUAUCUAUCUGUAUCAGGUCAUUACCUAUCUAUGUAUGUAUCUAUGUAUCUAUCUAUCUAUCUACCUAUAUCUGGUUAUCUAGCUACCUAUCUCUCAAUCUUCAUUAUCAAUCUAUCUAUCUAUGUCUGUUCAUUGUCUCUCUAUGUCUGUUCAUUAUCUAUCUAUCUAUCUAUCUAUCUAUCUAUCUAUCUAUCUCUGCUCAUUUUCUCUCUAUGUUCAUUAUCUAUCUAUCUAUCUAUCUAUCUAUGUUUGUUCACCGUCUCUCUAUGUCUGUUCAUUAUCUAUCUAUCUAUCUAUCUAUCUAUCUAUCUUUGUCUAUCUAUCUAUCUAUGUUUGUUAUCUGUCUAUCUAUCUAUCUAUCUAUCUAUCUAUCUAUCUAUCUAUCUAUCUAUCUAUCUAUCUACGUUUGGUCAUUAUCUAUAUUUCUAUCUAUGUAUCUAUCUAUGUCUAUUCAAUAUCUGUCUAUCUAUGUCUGUUAUCUUUCUGUCUAG